AUGCUAAAAACAAAUAUACUUCAUUUGCUAGCAGCAAGUAAUAAUCCAACAGCUUUGGAUGCAGUACAAAAUUUGUUAAAAACACGUCAAAAACAUGUCAGUGAACGUGAGGAAGAAGGACUAACAGCUUUACAUGUAGCUGCAGCAUGGGAUAAUUUGGCUAUGUGUCAGUUAUUGAUGUAUUUUGGUGCUGAUCCUUCAGAAAAAGAUGAUAAUGGAAGAACAGCGAAAGAUAUGGCAAAAGGAUCAGUGAAAAAAUUUUUCGAGCGCCUCUAUGAAACUCCUGAAAAAAAUCGUUCUGUGCAGCAGUCAUUUUUACGUGCUCUAAAUCGACUGUUUUCGUGUACACCGAAGAAGAUUAUCAAAACACCUUUGCAGCUAAGGAGGUCGCAUUCUUGGUCACCUUCUUAUGAUGGAAGGGAGAAUUUCUUGUCAAAAGAGGAAAAGCGGCUACGAUGGGCUUUUCGGAAGAAUCAAUCAGGUUUUCCCGCUGGUAAAACUGGGAAAAAAAAGUUCUUUUCUCCAUUAGGAAAAAAAUCAUCUGAACGGACAUCUGCUCGCACUGAAAAAUCGCAGCAUUUGACUUCGUCAUCCGAGAAACUGCCUGAGUCUGAAAGCAAUGAUAAUACGACUUACGCUACAGCUCUUGAAUAUAAUACUAAAGAUAAUCACGAUUUACCUUGUAGCCAAAAUUCAAACAAUACUUCAUCUUGUGUUUUAUCCGAAGAAAUUGCAUCACUAAAAAUUGAUUCAGUCUCGCCUCAGGUCACGGAAUGGGUGGCCAAAGAAUCUCCUUCUAAAAUUUCAAGUAUAAAGAUUCCGGCGGAAAUUUUAGCAGUAGUGCGUCAGUUGUCUGAUGGACAGUUAAGACAAGAAUUAGCCAAAAGGGGUGAAUGUAUUGGGCCAUUGCUUGAAACUACACGUCCUGCGUAUGAAUUAAAACUGGCACGUUUGAUUGCAAAUCUACCUUCCAAUGCUCCGAAAUUAAAGUAUAGCUGGGCACUUGAACGUUGGAUAGCUGGUCAACCAUUUUCUGAAGGUUCGAAGCUUGACCAAAUUCUUAUAGGCACUUUUGCUGAGAUUUCCAGUGAGCAGUGGAGAGGAGGCAAUAAACCUACCUCAUUUUGUUAUAUUUUAAUUGAUCCUUCCAUCAUCAGCCUUCCUAGCAAUAAUUGUACAAUGCAGCAAUUUGUUGAUUCUAUAUUUUAUAUUGGCAAAGGAAAACGUUCCCGUCCUUUCCAACAUUUGAUAGAUGCUGUCCGGGCCAAAGGUUUUGGCGAUAGUGUUCUGUCGAAAAGUAAAAAACUGCAAAAGAUUGUCGAUCUUUGGGAUACUGGCCGUGGUGUUGUAUCGUUGCAUAUUUUCCAGAAUACAGUUCCCACGGAAGCAUUUACAAGAGAGGCAGCAAUGAUUGAUGCUAUCGGUCUCCAAAAUUUGACAAAUGUCAGAAGAGGUGAUUACUAUGGUCCUGCCAAAAAUUGGACAGCAAAAGAAAAAACAAUCUACGGCAGUUAUCUCUUGUUCAAUGCUUUAUCAAUAUUUCACGUUGAAGGUUGUCGUGAAAUAUAUGAAGACGAUGUGCAGGAAAAGUAG